CUUUUCCAAACUUUUCUCAGCGAAAGAGACCUCAUGGCUGCUAAGAAGCAAAGUGGACAAAAGGGUUCCAAUACGGCAAAAGCCUUGAAAGCGAAAAAAUCGGUGCUAAAGGGCACUAAUAAUAAAGGAACAAGAAAAGUUCAUAACAAAGUUAGAUUUUAUCGGCCAAAGACUUUCAAGCCUCGUAGAAAUCCUAAAUAUCCUCGUCGAUCUGUUCCUCUCACCAGGAGUUUAGAUCAAUAUGGAAUUAUCAAGUACCCUUUGACUACCGAAUCUGCUAUGAAGAAAAUUGAAGACAACAACACCCUCGUUUUUAUUGUUGAUACAAGGGCCAGUAAGCCAAAAAUUCAGGCUGCCGUUAAGAAAUUGUAUGAUAUCGAUGCUGCUAAAGUUAAUACCUUGAUUAGGCCGGACGGAGCGAAGAAAGCAUACGUCAGAUUAACUUCAGAUUAUGAUGCCCUGGACGUUGCUAAUAAGAUUGGAAUCAUUUAAAUAAGUAAUCGUACUCGAAAUAACUGGUGUGUCUGCAUCGAAUCUGAU